AGUAAAGCAGAGAAAACAAUAAAAAAUAAAAACACUUGGGGAAGCCUGCAGCAGGUUUUCAUGUAUUCUGCUGCAUCGAGGAGCCAUCGCUGGUGCGUUCAGGGUCAGCGUACACGGUGGGAGAAGGCGCAAUCCGCAGCUCCUGCUCCACACGGCGUCGUCACACGGAGGUGUCCCCCGCUUUUUGCCAGCAUCUCUCCUAGCCCCAGCCGCGGCGGUCCUCCUCAUCUCCUUCCUCCUUCCUCGCACGACUCACGGAGCGAAUCUGCCGAGGCCACAUCGCCGCGGCGAGGCUCCCAGCUUCUGACAUUUGACAGAGCCUCUUUGUGUGUGUGCCUGCGUGUUGGGUGGAGUCGACCCGGAAUUGUCCAAUUUGGAAAAAGCACAAUCAGGGAGCACCAUGAAAGACGGCAUCGCCAACAACAGCACAGCCAGCAUCUCUCAAGCCAGGAAAGCUGUGGAGCAGCUCAAGAUGGAGGCCUGUAUGGAUAGGAUAAAGGUGUCCAAAGCCGCCGCAGACCUGAUGGCUUACUGCGACGCCCACAUACGCGACGACCCUCUCAUCGUUCCAGUGCCGGCCUCCGAGAACCCGUUCCGGGAGAAGAAGUUCUUCUGCGCCAUCCUCUGAUGAGCCACAUGACAAGCGGCGCAAGCUGCAGGCGUGGCGUCGCCUGCCUUCUUUGUCUUCACCACACCUGAAGCGACUUGCCACGGGAGUCCACUCGAGUUUAGCCGGGUGGAGCCUUGUGUUGGUCGGGUCUGUCCUGGUGGCUGAGGGCUUCUACAGGGGGCAGUCUAGUUCUAUAGGUUUGUUAUUGCUUUGUUAUUAGAGAACAGCCUUGCUCAGUGCUUCAUGAGGUGAGAGGUGUUUUUUGAUUUCCUUUUCUUUUAUCGUGCUAGAUCCGAACUUGCCUCAGGAAACAGACGUGUGCCCAGUAAACAUCUUUUCACCUUCCAUCUCUGCAUCGCCUUGAAACAUCAGUGCCUUUCAGUGUGUGAGCUUUAAAGUAUUUGCUGCAGCAUGCACUGAAAGCACCACUAAAACAUGACACCUGGCUCAUUUCACUAAUGAACUGUUAGAUGAAAGCCCCGAACAGCCCAUCUACUUCAUUGCGUGCGGGGUGAAGUCUUUUGGUGAGAAGCAAAGCAAGCUAAUGUGUUUGUUCAAGCGACAAAACUUGUAGGCGCUGAUCACCGUGCAACCCUUUUAAGUCCAAAUGAGUUAAUAAACCUUCUUAGCCAUGCCUUGAUGCAUUUUACCUUUUGCCAUUUGCUUCCAUUGAUGCUUCAAUCAGUCCUUCCUCACGUCCUGCAGCUCCCGAUCGGAACACUUUCCCCACAUUGCAGCGUGUCAAGUGUUUUCUGGGCAUAUUUCCUGACUCUUUCUUUUUCCGUUUCAGAGUGAAUGCCCAGGCCUUUGACAUUAAAGACAAAACUGAGGCCUGCAUGUUAUUCUGCUCCCGUACUGACGACCGCCUCUGUUUACAAGCAGCUGUCUGUCUUUUUCCAGUGUACAGUAUGUUUCAGUGCCAACCCUUGUGAGAGCAGUGUUAUUGUCACACUGCGCUCAUGCACACUUCUUUUUUCUUUGGUUGGUUGGUUGGUUGGUUGGUUGGUUGAUUUGGAAGAAAAAGCACACAGUAUACUUUACAUGGUAUUUAAAUAGCAUUUACAAAUUUUUAUGAUGAAUUGUUGAUGAUUGUUUAUUAAUAUUGUUAUCAGUAGUAUUAUUGAAUAUUUGUUGCACAGCACUGACUGCUACAUGACGUGUAGUGUGCUAGUAAGCUUGUAUGAUACCUACAGUGGUUCAUUAUUUACAAAUCAUGCAGUCCGUCAUAAUUUGUGAGUAUUUUUAAAAUACACAACAGAAAUCUGUGAAAUGUGAAGUACUUUCCUCUUGGUACUUGAAGAGUCAUUGUAUUACUGAUCAAACUCGGAGGAAUGAUGAAACGACUCUUCAGGAGAAUCAUUUCAGGAUCAUUAUUCUUUAUUUAUGAAAUCCUGAGGCUAGUCUUGGGGUGUCUUCACUGGCCUCUUGAGGAUGGUGCCAAAUUUUGAACAAUAAAUAACGGUAUAACGGCAAAGGAUGAAUUUUGCAUGGGUUUAUCCAAACUAGCGAGAACUAUUACAAUAUGAAAUAUUGCCUCUUUGCCGACUUUCCAGAAGCUGCUCCGCACAUGAAAUCACACCGGAGGGCCGAUAUAUUGACGAUGUGCAACUGUAUUCUUAAAUGGUAUUAUUGUUUUUGUAAAAAGAAAAAAAUGCAUUUCAUUU